AUGGACGAAAGCAACCAUGAAAUGGUGAAUGCCCUUACUCAACAAAUGGGAAUUGUUUUUACUCCCAUGAUAAACAAUACGAACCAAAGUUAUGAGAUAUUGGCUAGACAAAUGGCCAGAAUAGCUGAUUUCUUUGGGGAGCCCCCACAGCCAAACCUUCCGGCUUCCCAAGGGUCGAAUAUAAGAGUAGGCGAAACUACGAGACAUGGAGAACAAAUUGAACAAGAGAUCCCUAGAGUAAUACAACGGCAUCAGGAUGCUGAUCAGGUUCUUAGAAAUAUCCAGCAAGAUGCCAAUGUUGGACACAAUAAUAUCUCAAACGUGGUCGAACAAAUCUUAGUUCAAAAUGGAAUAAAUGUGGGGUUACAUAGACCUAAUUUUGUUUCCCCACUAUCAGAAUAUGUAAGGCAAACAGAAUUGCCUAGGAGCUGGAAAAUCCCAAAAUUUACUAAAUUUGCUGGUGAGACUGGCGAAUCGACAGUCGAACAUAUUGCUAGGUUCCAGACAGAGGCUGGAGAAUUAGCAAACAAUGAGAAUUUAAAGAUGAAAUAUUUCCCAAGUUCUUUAACAAAAAAUGCCUUUACUUGGUUUACGACCUUACCUCCACAAUCUUUGUUUUCAUGGAACCAGUUAGAACGAUUGUUCCAUGAACAGUUUUAUAUGGGACAGUCGAAAAUUAGUUUGAAAGAAUUAGCCGGAGUUAGGCGAAAGGGUACGGAAGCGGUCGAUGAUUAUCUAAACCGUUUUAGGUUAUUGAAAGCUAGAUAUACCCAACAUUUAAGGGAUAUGGCACAACUGGCAGACAGGGUACGUCAAGUCGAAAGGCUAAAGGCUGAAAAAGCCAGAGUUAGUAAAUAUCAUAAAAAGGAAAAGAUAUCUUAUGUUACUACCAAUGAGUUCGACUCUGAUAGUGAUAGUGAAUACGAGGAAGGAGAGGUUAAUGUGGCUGAAUUGAAGCCAGGACCACCAUAUAUCUGUAAAUUACUUAAGCCCUCAAAAGAUAAAAAUCCGAUCGAAAGUAAAAAUGAAAAAUUAUCUAAUAAAACGUAUGCGUUUGAUAUAACCAAAUGUGAUGAGAUAUUUGAUUUGUUGGUAACUGAUGGGCAAAAAAGAGGAUUUUGUAAAUUUCAUAAUUUCUUGGGUCAUAAGACUUCUCAAUGUGUCCUUUUCAGAGAUUUGGUGCAAAAGGCUUUGAAAGAAGGAAGGUUACAGUUUGGAGAAAAACCAAAGUCAUCAAUGCAAGUUGAUACUGAUCCCUUGCAGGUUGAAGAAGCCCACUAUACUGAGCUUGCUGACGUGAUGAUGGUCGAUACUACUGAUGGUUUCGGCGAAAGGAAAGACGGUGCUACUGAUGGCAAAGUCUUGAGCAUGGUGUAUCCUGAACCAAAAUAG